UUUAACUACUUCCCCUGAUCUACUUCUGACAGUCCUCCACUUCUCCCUCACCUUCACCAUUACACAUACUAGCACAAAAAUAGAAUAGAAUAGUCUCUAGUCUCUAGUCUCUUCUCGUAGUUUACGUUACAUGUAACAAGACUUGCCACCCCCAUGCAACAAUUCAUUGAGUAUUACUUACUUGACCCCAUCUCAUUUUAUUCAAAAAGAAUCUUAAAUUCAAAUCUUACUCUACUCCUCACUCUGGUACAGGUAUAUACGACUACUUUAUUAACGCUGCAUCAUCAUCAUCUGCAAAAGGCCGGUGAUUUCUAUUCCCAAUACAAAGCAAAACAAUAGGCCAAAACUAUACUACUCCUAGUAGUAAAUCUUACUUAAAAGUUAAAACUACUCCAUUAAUAAAGCAGCAAGAAAAGAAGAAGAAGAAGAAGACAGAGGAUGGUAGAGUCAGCAAACCACCAGCACCCACCGGAGCCUCAGCCACCUCCGCCGCUAGCACCGCCACUCGGUGCUGCCAGAGGCCCCUCUUUCCCACCCGCCGAACAACUCCUUCAGCUCCACUAUUGCAUCCACUCUAAUCCUUCUUGGCCUCAAACUGUUAUAUUAGCAUUCCAGCACUACAUUGUAAUGCUUGGAACCACUGUUAUGAUUGCCACCACGCUUGUCCCUCGUAUGGGUGGCGGUCCGGGUGACAAAGCUCGGGUGAUUCAGUCACUGCUAUUUAUGUCUGGACUGAAUACUCUUAUUCAAACAUUUCUUGGGACAAGACUUCCUACGGUGAUGGGGCCGUCAUUUGCUUAUGUCAUCUCCGUGUUGGGUAUCAUCAAUGAUUUCUCAGAUAGUAACUUCUCCAGUGAGCAUGAUAGAUUUGUUCACUGCAUGAGGGCUAUUCAAGGAGCUCUUAUUGUUUCAUCUUUCAUCAACAUUAUACUUGGAUUUGGCAGGGCCUGGGCAAACCUUAAUAGGCUCUUCAGUCCUAUCGUAAUUGUGCCUGUCGUUUGUGUGGUUGGUCUUGGCUUAUUUGGUAGGGGAUUCCCUCAGCUUGCAAACUGUGUCGAGAUUGGCCUCCCUAUGCUAAUACUGUUGGUAGUGUGCCAACAAUAUUUGAAAGGCAUUCACCCAACGGCACAUUCCAUAGUUGAGAGGUUUGCUUUGCUUUUCUGCAUUGCCUUUGUCUGGAUUUUUGCUGUUAUUCUAACCGUGUCUGGAGCUUACAAUAAUGUCGGGCAGCAAACAAAGAUGAGUUGCCGCACUGAUCGCUCAGGCCUUCUGUCAUCUGCUCCAUGGAUACGAAUUCCAUAUCCAUUCCAGUGGGGUGCACCCAUAUUCAGAGCUAGUCAUGUCUUUGGAAUGAUAGGAGCUGCCCUUGUUGCUUCGGCGGAGUCAACUGGAACAAUAUACGCUGCAGCACGGCUUGCCGGUGCUACUGCUCCUCCCACACAUGUGCUUACUCGGAGCAUUGGUCUUCAGGGUAUCGGGCAGCUGAUUGAAGGAAUAUUUGGUGCUGCUGUUGGUACUACUGCAUCUGUUGAGAAUGUUGGCCUUCUGGGAUUGACUCAUGUUGGGAGCAGAAGAGUGGUACAGAUAUCCACCGUUUUCAUGAUCUUCUUCUCUAUAUUUGGAAAAUUUGGCGCCUUCUUUGCAUCAAUACCUCUACCAAUAUUUGCUGCUAUAUACUGUGUCUUGUAUGGUAUUGUUGCGGCUACUGGGAUUUCAUUCAUUCAAUUUGCAAACAACAAUUCUAUGCGAAACAUCUACAUACUGGGGCUCUCUCUGUUCCUUGGAAUAUCAAUACCACAAUAUUUUGUAUCAAACACUGACCCGGCUGGCCAUGGACCUAUCAAAACUGAUGGUGGAUGGUUUAACAAUAUCUUCAAUACAAUCUUCUCCUCCCCUCCUACCAUUGCCAUGACAGUGGCAACCGUUCUUGACAAUACACUCGAGGCCAGGAACACACAUGACGACAGAGGUAUACCAUGGUGGGUUCCAUUCCAGCACAAGAAAGGAGAUAGCAGAAAUGAAGAGUUCUAUAGUUUUCCCCUGCGGUUCCACGAGUACAUCCCUACUAGAUUUCUGUGAACUAGUACUCUACAUAACUGUACAUUAGUCCAACAUUUAUAAAUUCAGAUGUUUUUCUAUUUAUUUUUUCUGAAAUCAAAUAGGUUUUUCUAUUUA